AUGGGAGACGGGAGCUGGGAGUGUUUGAGUCCAGCUGAGUUUACGCAGCUGCAGCAGUACAGUGAGUAUUCCACUAAGAAAUUGAAGGAUGUUCUGGAGGAGUUUCAUGGUGAUGGAGUCCUGUCCAAAUAUAACCCAGAGCAGAAGCAGGACGUUCUCAGCCAACCGAUUGACUACGAGGGUUUCCAGCUCUUCAUGGCCACGUACCUGGAGAACGACAUCCCAGAGGAGCUGUGUCAACACCUCUUCACCUCCUUCAAGAGUAAAACUGGAGGCUGUUCCCCUGAUCAGUCCCGAGCCAGCACCAGCUUACUGGAAGCCUGUUCCAUUGAUGCAGGAAUCUCUAUUCAGACUGAAGUGGCCUGUGCUCCAAUCACAGGCAUGAACGGUAAAAGCAUUCUUUCAGCCAUGGCCCGUCACACGCCCGAACACUCUGGCGUGGUGAGCAUCGCCGGCUCUGGAGCCACCACCUCCCCGUGUUCCUCUCGUUCCUCCUCCCAGCGUUCGGGAACUGGCGGCCACACACCUGGGGGGUCCCAUCUUUCACCGUGUGCUCGGGUCAGAACCUCAGAGGUCAGCGGCAGCAGUAGCAAUGUCCUGACCCCCAAUUCUGGUCCGGCCAGGUCUCCGGUGUCCCCUAAGCUCUCACCAGAGAGGAACCGGUACGAGAAGCACUUGUCUCCGCGCAGGACUCCAUCGCCUCAGAAAGGCUCCUCGCUGUCUUCUCCGCAGGUUGUCUUUCUCAAGGACAUUGUCUGCUACCUCUCCCUGCUGGAGAGGGGGACACCUGAAGACAAGCUUGAGUUCAUGUUUCGGCUUUACGACACAGACGGAAACGGGUCCCUUGACAGUUCAGAGCUGGACCGAAUCAUCAGUCAGAUGGUGCACGUAGCCGAAUAUCUGGAGUGGGAUUCUACGGAGCUGAGACCGAUUCUGAAGGAGAUGAUGGAGGAGAUCGACUACGACCACGACGGGACUGUAACACUGGAGGAGUGGAUCAGGGGAGGCCUUACGACUAUUCCUCUGCUGGUGCUGCUAGGAAUGGAAACAAACACACAGGAGGAUGGACAGCACGUCUGGCGUCUGAAGCACUUCAACAAACCAGCCUACUGUAACUACUGCCAUACAAUGCUUCUGGGAGUGCGUAAGCAGGGACUCUGCUGCUCCUUAUGCAAGUACACAGUGCACGAGCGCUGUGUCUCCAAAGACAUCGCCACCUGCAUCAGCACCUACGCCAAGUCUCGCCGUCACACUAACAUGAUGCAGCACGUGUGGAUGGAGGGAAAUUCUCCAACCAAGUGUGACCGCUGUCACAGGAGCAUCAAGUGUUACCAGGGUCUGACGGGCCUGCACUGUGUCUGGUGUCAGAUCACUUUACAUAACAAGUGUGCAUCCAAUGUGAAACCUGAGUGUGAUGGCGGGGCUUUAAAGGACCACACACUGCUGCCCUCCUACAUCUGCCCGGUGGUCCUGGACCGUCACUCCAUGGUGAAACGUGGCGAAGGUGAAUCUCCACCUACCACCAGCCCAGAUGACGCUAAUCAGACAUUUAAAUUCUCCCCUGGUGAUGGACAAGCACUUCAGAUCACUCCACUCCCAGGGACACACCCUCUGCUGGUACUUGUCAAUCCCAAGAGUGGAGGCAGACAGGGGGAGAGGGUCCUGAGGAAGUUACGGUACCUGUUGAACCCGAGGCAGGUCUACAGUCUUGAGCAGGGAGGACCAAUGGUUGGGCUGAAUUUUUUUCACGAUGUUCCCGAUUUCCGUAUCCUGGCUUGUGGAGGUGACGGCACGGUGGGCUGGAUCCUCGACUGCAUAGAUAAAGCCAGCUUCGCGCGACACCCUCCAGUAGCCAUUCUCCCCCUGGGCACAGGAAAUGACCUGGCACGAUGCCUGCGCUGGGGAGGAGGUUACGAAGGUGGCAGUUUGCUGAAGUUCCUGCGGGACAUCGAACACAGCACUGAAGUGGUGUUGGACCGAUGGAACAUAGACAUCGUCCCUGAUGACAAGGAGGAGAAGGGUGACCCGGUUCCCUACAGCAUCGUCAACAACUACUUCUCCAUUGGUGUGGACGCUUCCAUUGCCCAUCGCUUCCAUCUGAUGAGGGAAAAGCACCCGGAGAAGUUCAACAGCAGAAUGAAGAACAAGCUCUGGUACUUUGAGUUUGGAACCACUGAGACCAUAUCUGCCACCUGCAAGAAGCUCAACGAAUGCAUAGAAGUGGAGUGCGAUGGAAUCAUCCUGGACCUCAGCAACACCUCCUUAGAGGGCAUCGCUGUGCUCAACAUUCCCAGCAUGCACGGCGGCUCCAACCUGUGGGGCGAGACCAAGAAGAGGAGAAACUACAGCCGCAUGAGCAAAAAGGUUCCAGACAGGAUGCCAGCGAGCACGGUCACCGAUGCCAAAGAGCUCAAGUUCUGCAUGCAAGACUUCAGUGACCAGCUCCUGGAGGUGGUGGGUCUGGAAGGAGCCAUAGAAAUGGGUCAGAUCUACACUGGACUGAAGAGCGCAGGCCGCCGGCUGGCUCAGUGUGCCAGUGUCACCAUCAGGACGUCCCGGCGGCUGCCCAUGCAGAUAGACGGUGAGCCGUGGAUGCAGCCUCCCUGCACGAUCCGGAUCACUCACAAGAACCAGGUUCCCAUUUUACUGGGUCCUCCUCAGAAAACGCCCUUCUUUUUCUUCAAGAAACGCAACAGGAGCUGCGACUAAGGAGACAACGGACACAAGGGGAACCCAACAACAACAAAAAAAAACAAAACAAAAAAAAACACAAAAACUUCAAGUACAAAUAUGCAGACACACCGCUCUUGGCAGCUCCAACAGAGAUACAUCCUAGAGUUGGGGUUUUGUUCCCAGCCUCAGUGAUGGCGUACUCCAGGAUUCGACCAAUAAACAGUGAAGUGACUGAGGGAACUUCAAAGAAAAGGCCAAAAAAAAACUGAAAAAAAAAAAUCGGGUUUUAGAAAAAACUACCAACACUAGAUGAACAAUCGGAGAAUCUACAAAAACAAAAACACUACGUCGAACCAGAGGGAACGAUUUCAGUGACAGAAGAACGUACGGACGUUCACUUCACACCGAUGAUACGACUAGCGGGAGAGGAGAGGGCGAGGAAGAGGAGGGAGAAGAAUCAUCCGUUAUUGACUUUUUUUUUUUUUUGAUGGGGCAAAAAUCAGUGGAGUGGUUAAAGACGUGGUUCCAGUCCCCUUAGACUGAUGGAGUCUGCUCCCAACCGCAGGCCAGAUUACCCAGAAAACACCGAGUGACCGUAAAAACCUUCAGCCCCUCAUUACUACCGUCGGACUCUUCCACCGAGGAUCGAAAAAUAAACCCAGUGGAGCCGUGGAGAGUGGCGAGACCCCCUCCUCCCCCUGUGGUUUUUAUUUACCAGAGCAGUGACAGGCGUGCACUAAAUUUAUCCCGUUUCCUGCAGCGAAACCCUGCACCUAAUUACUGUGUCAGACAUCAGCUCAGUGUCAAGUGCGCAACAUGCUGUCAAGGUA